AUGGAGGGAUUUGGAGUAGAGACUCCCUCUUCUUCCUCUUUCUUGUGGAUCCCAUCGGUGGCGGAGCUUGUACGACGAGCGCCGGCCCGACUUCUGGACCGUGAGCACAUGUUUGACAAGGUGGUAACGCCCAGCGACGUCGGCAAGCUGAACCGCCUUGUGAUCCCGAAGCAGCACGCGGAGAGGUUCUUCCCCUUGGAGCCGGCUUUUGCGGACAAGGGCCUCGUGCUGUUCUUCGAGGACGGCGCCGGCAAGCAAUGGUGCUUCCGCUACUCCUACUGGAGCAGCAGCCAGAGCUACGUCAUAACCAAGGGGUGGUGCCGCUUCGUCAAGGAGAAGCAGCUCGAUGCCGGCGACACCGUGUCGUUCUUCCGCGCUCGCUCCGGAGAGGCCGGCCAGCGUCGACGCCUCUUCAUUGACCUGCAGCGCCGCAGGCACCGCCCUCGGCCAGUAGGACAUCAGGGCGUCCUCAUAGCUUCCACGGCGCCGCCCCUGCGCGGGAGCUGGCUGCCGCACUUCUACUACGGAUCGGUGGUGCCCCCGCAGCAUGUUGGAGCGCAAGCUGCCGCAGGUAGAGCCGACAUGGGGUCCAUGCCCGCGGUUUUGGACUCGGUGCCGGUGGUCCUCGCCGCUGCUGAGCCAAAGCGGAUCAGGCUGUUCGGAGUAAACCUAGAGUGCCCAGAGACGGAGGACAGAAAGAACUCUCCAUUGCUGCCUCCUUGUCAGUGGAGGACUGAAAGUGAUGAGUCCACCGACAUCUCCACAGAGAGGAGGCAGACCUCCAUGCACUCCCACUUCGGGUGCAGUGACAGGGAAGAAGGAAGAAGAUGA